AUGCUGUUCACAACUACCUAUCUCAGUUUGUUCAUAUCUAUUUAUUUAUCUAUGUUUGUCCACAUCUGUCUAUCUAUCUAUCUAUCUAUCAAUGUCAUUCUGCUCAUAUCUGUCUAUUUAUCUCAUCUGUUCAUAUUUAUUUAUUUAUCUAUGUUUGUACAUACCUAUCUCUGUACAUAUCUAUCUAUCUAUAUAUCUAUCUAUCUAAAUUUGUUCAUAUCUGUCUGUCUAUAUUUGUUCAUAUCUAUCUAUAUUUUUUCAUAUCGCUCUAUCUUUAUUUGUUCAUAUCUGUCUGUCUAUCUAUCUUUAUUUGUUCAUAUCUGUCUGUCUAUUUAUCUAUAUUUGUUCAUAUCUUUAUUUGUUCAUAUCUAUCCAUCUAUAUUUGUUCAUAUCUUUAUUUGUUCAUAUCUAUCCAUCUAUAUUUGUUCAUAUCUUUAUUUGUUCAUAUCUAUCCAUCUAUAUUUGUUCAUAUUUCUCUGUCUAUCUAUCUAUAUAUGUUCAUAUCUAUCUAUCUAUCUAUCUAUCUAUCUAUCUAUCUAUGUUCAUAUCUGUCAAUCUAUCUAUGUGAUUCUUCUGUUCAAACCUAUCUAUCAAUCUGUUCAUAUCUAUCUAUCUAUCUAUCUAUCUAUGUCAGCCUGUUCAUAUCUAUUUAUUCUGUUGAUAUCUAUCUAUCUAUCUAUCUAUGCCAGUCUGUACAUAUCUAUGUAUAUAUCUAUGCCAGUCUGUUCACAUCUAUCUAUGCCAAUCUGUUCAUAUCUAUCUAUCUAUUUAUCUAUAUCAGCCGGUUCAUAUCUAUGUAUCUAUGUCUUCUGUUCAUAUCUAUUUAUCUAUCUCAGUCUUUUCAUAUCUAUACCUGUUCAUAUCUAUUUCCAUCUGUUCAUAUAUCUAUCUAUCUAUCUAUCUAUCUAUCUAUCUUCAUGUCUAUCUAUCUAUCUUUCACUAUGUUCUGUUCUUAUCUAUCUAGCUAUCUAUGCCAGUCUGUUUAUAUCUAUGUAUCUAUACCAGUCUGUUCAUAUCUAUCUAGCUAUCUAUGCCAAUCUGUUCAUAUCUAUCUAUGCCAAUCUGUUCAUAUCUAUCUAUCUAUCUAUCUAUCUAUCUAUGCCAGUCUGUUCAUAUCUAUCUUUCUAUCUAUCUAUCUAUUCUGUUUAUAUCUAUAAUCUAUCUAUCUAUGCCAGUCUGUUCAUAUCUAUCUAUCUAUCUAUCUAUCUAUCUAUCUAUCUAACUAUCUCAGUCUGUUCAUAUCUAUCUAUCUAUCUAUCUAUCUCAGUCUGUUCAUAUCUAUCUAUCUAUCUAUCUAUCUAUGCCAGUCUGUUCAUAUCCAUCUAUCUAUCUAUGCCAGUCUGUUCAUAUCUAUCUAUGCCAGUCUAUUCAUAUCUAUCUAUGCCAGUCUAUUCAUAUCUAUCUAUCUAUCUAUCUAUCUAUGCCAGUCUGUUCAUAUCCAUCUAUCUAUCUAUGCCAGUCUGUUUCUAUCUAUCUAUCUAUCUCAAUCUGUUCAUAUCUAUCUAUCUAUCUAUCUCAAUCUGUUCAUAUCUAUCUAUCUAUCUAUCUAUCUAUCUAUCUAUCUAUCUAUGCCAGUCUGUUCAUAUCCAUCUAUCUAUCUAUGCUAGACUGUUCAUAUUCAUCUAUCUAUCUAUGCCAGUCUGUUUAUAUCCAUCUAUCUAUCUCAAUCUGUUCAUAUCUAUCUAUCUAUCUAUCUAUCUAUCUAUUUAUCUAUGCCAGUCUGUUCAUAUCCAUCUAUCUCUCUAUGCUAGUCUGUUCAUAUUCAUCUAUCUAUCUAUGCCAGUCUGUUCAUAUCCAUCUAUCUAUCUAUCUACCUAUGCCAGCCUGUUCAUAUCUAUCUAA